GUAAAAAGCUGCAACGCGUACAUAUAAAAGAUCUUAAACGAGCUCUGUAAAAUUAGUGUUCUCUGAACUUUCAGCAUGCCGAAACACCAGAAAAUGGACAUGCCACCGCGUGGAGUAAAACCUUCUCCAACAUCUGUGAUUUCUCUGAGGGACGACGCGGAAAAAGCUAAAACUAAAAAAACAACUAGACUUAAUGCCGUGAAAAGAGCCGCCCAGCAAUACCGCCGACAAUUUCGAAAAGGGCCCGACAAAAAACUAUCUACGGGCUUACCGAGGAUGAGCGACUCAAGAAGCUCAAUCCAUGUAAUUUCGCCUCCGUCCGCCAGUACCCCACCUGUUAUCCCCACCGCCGUCAUUUCCAAACCGUCUGCCAAGCCCGUACCCGCUGUCGUUACCGCCUCCGCCGCCAAAAAACAUAAACUGGCCUCAUCGCAGGAAACAGUCCACGAGCGGAAACGGGCAAGGGGAAAGGGCGAUGCUACAGCCCCCGUGCGACAUUCAUCAGCACCUCUACCGCUACGCAAGUUGUCCAAAUCAGUCUCCGGUCACGUUCCACUACCGAAUCCCACUCCCUCCCCUACUCCAAACUCGCCAAAUCGAUCGUUUACACCUGACCUCAAAAAACCCACUACUAUUCCGCGUACCGCUACCCUCACGCCAUCCGCUUCCCCCACACUAUCCGCUACUGCCGUCAAAAAGAUUGGGGAAAAGAACGGCAUCCCUAUCACCACCGUACCGCCCGACGAUUCGGAUUCCGAUAGCUCGUCAAGCAGUAGCAGCAGCAGUAGUUGCAGCACAUGCAGUAGCUCAAGCAGCAGUAGUUCAACCAGCAGUAGCUACAGCAGCAGUAGCAGUAGUAGCUCUUCCACUACUGACUCAGUAGGCCAACUACCUGCACCGGCUCCCGCUACCGUUUGCUACGACACCGACGCUGCAAUAGCCGACGCGUUACUUUUGUACCCGAACCCCGAAAACCGACCCGCUGCUUUGGUAGCAGCCUUAGCGGCAUUGAGGCCAAAACAUAUACCGCCGGGAAGACGUUUCCGCCGCGGGUUCACCAGCUCGACUGGCAAAUUUGUCUACGCAAACUUGCCAGUACCGAAAUAAUCCGCUACAAGUUGCCAUUUAAUUUUUAUUAAGAAGACUGAUAUUAUUUCAUUUUUCUCUGUGAUAGAAUAAAACUUUAAUUUUUUAUUAAACCGUUAACUUCUGACUGCCGUUUUAUUAAACCGUGCCAAUUAUUUUGUUAUCUCUUUGCAGAGACACGAGGUAUACACCAUGGAUACUCCUACGGAAGUGCUCACGCUAUUUGAAGACAUGGAUGCAUGUUUUCAGGACCAGGAGCCUGAACCGUUCGCUACUCAACCCAGUAAUGUUGAGGCCGCCAAUUCAGACCAGAUUGCCGAGCUCACUGAACUCGCCCCAGGGUCCAGUACUACCGAACCAGUGGAGCCAUCCCAUGCUCCUAAACUAGCUAGUGAUACAAAGCAGACCGCUUCAACGCCGACCGCUUCCACCUCCGUGGCAAACUUACCACCGAGUGAGAUCCGUUCGCAUUCCAAUCCGCCUAUUUUUCUGCCAGUGCACCUGGACCUUUGCUGGCGAUGCGGCUAUCCUGGGCACCACCGGGAUGAUUGCAGCCGGAAACCUGUUCAGUUUUGUUCCCAGUGCGGGAAGGUAGGAUUACUUUCCCGCGAUUGCGACUGCUCCCGAGGUACCAAGCGGCCAAGGCCCGCCAGGGAGUCACGGUCCCAUAACACCGCCAAGGAAGUAGGGACUUCAUCACGCAGACCGCGUUUGGUGUCUGUCGGAGUACAAUGCUGCCGUCAUAACGUUCAAUAUCAACCAUGCCGCUAUUGUGGUUGCCCGUAUGGCCGCCGACAGCAUUACGAGCAAGACGGCAACCGAAGGCUACACUGAAGAAUCUACGUCGGUUGAUUGCCCGACGGAAACGCCGACCAUCUUCCAAGUACUACACUCUAGGGAUAUGUUCAACUUAGGUUUUAGGAAAGAAAAAAUAUAUAUUUACAUAAUUAUUUUUUUUGUAAAGAGAGAGGGGUGUGUAACGAUGUUACUAUUGUUUUUCAUUAUUUUAUAAUUACAGGGUCCACGUAAGUAUUUAAUUUAGUUUGAUUUAAUUAUUUGGAUAUUAUAAUAUUUAUAAAAUGUGUGCGCGUCUCCGAAAUAGUCCGCAAAAUGUAAACCGGCAUUAAGCGCGCGCCCCACCGCGUCUCCCACUAUUGCCUACCGAAACGCGCGCCGAUCUGCCGACUAUAAAUUCCCCAGCGCGGCCUCCAGUCAGGGAGAUCAUUCCGCGAUCUCCUCCGACCGACACCUACCGCCUGCUGGAGAGCAUUCUGAGAUCUCCUCCGUACACCGACCGACCGCCUGCUAGACCGCCGCACACACCGCCCGACCGCCGUCCGGAUAAAAGGUAAUUCUAGCACCCUACGCAUCCCAGCCUAGGUCCGUGAUGUCCCGCGUCCGCUCCUAAAGGAGUAGGGUGGGAGGUAGACUGAUCAGGACAAGUCACGGCUGUACGUACAGACAAGUCCGGCAGGAUAUUCACAUUCCUUAUGUCCUGGUUGAACGCACGGGCAUAGAUCAGUUAUAUCUUCUACCCUGCUAAAACCCGCGAAAGGAGUGGGUUAGUAUAUACACUGGUCAGGAUAAGUCCUGGCUGCACGAACGGACAAAUCCAGCAGGACUACCACUUUCAUCAGGUAAUUCUUAUGUCUCGGCUGAAUGUACUGACAUAGACCAGCUGUGUAUCCUACCAUUCUUCCGAAAAUGUACUAAAUGCAUUAAAGGCCGAUGCUGGGUUUAUUGUUUACAUUUGCACCGUUCCGUUCUGGCUCCGAAACACCGCGCACCGUACUGAAAAGAGUUGGAUAGUGGGUAGACUGAUCAGGACAAGUCUCGGCUGUACGAACAGACAAGUCCGGCAGGAGAUUCGCAUUCCUUAUGUCCUGGCUGAACGUACGGACAUAGAUCAGUUACACUUUCUACCCCACUGACACACGCGAUUCCGAAUUUGUCGCGAGAAGCUUUCGGGGCCUGGUUCUGAACAUAGAGAGCUUAUUUCCGCUUCGCAGUUUUUUACCGUCACCGCACAACCGCCGGCUUUUUACCGUAACUGUAUAUUUACCGCUUUCCGCUUUUACGCUGAUAUCCGUACCGUAAUCGACCGCACACACGACCACUCUCUCUCUCUCUCUCUCUCUCUCU